CUAAGGGAGCAUAUCUAGAGAUUCAUUGAGAUUUCGGGAAGCUUGAAGGUCAAUAGGGUAUCCGACAAGGCUUUGAAGUUGAGGCUUUUCUCCUACUCUCUUGCGGGGAAAGCGCUCUGGUGGCUCAAUAAUAGAUCACCCCUCUUGAUUACCUCAUGGGAUGACUUGCUUAACAAGUUCAUGGCCCGAUAUUGUCCACCUUCCAAGAUGGCGGAGUGGUGCAAGAAGAUCACCCACUUCGCUCAAGAGACGGAUGAGACAUUGAGGGACGCAUGGGAGAGGUACUCCAACUUUUUCCUCAAAUGCCCACAUCAUGGGUUUGGAGAGCAUUUUCAGAUGGAAACCUUCUACGACGGUCUCCUUCAAGAAGACAAGAUUCUCAUUCACUAUCUAUGACAAGAGAACUUGCUGAAAAAGACCCCACCCGAAUGACCGCUUUGCUAAGAUAUGGCGACAAAGGGGUAUGAUUGGGGUUCGAUGGGACGUGGUGGAAAAGAUGCCAAGAGAGGAUUACACUCCACGGAGGCGAUCCCUCCUCUCGCCGCCAAGAUUGACCAGUUGAUCAAUGCACUUCUUGAGGAAAAAAACCAAGGGAAGAAGCUGGUGAUGGCGUGUGAUUGGUGUUCGACUACCAAGCGGAGUUCAAAUUGAUAAAGGAAACAAACACCCGGGAGGAACAAGUAAGCUACAUCGCCAAUGCUAGGGGAAACAACAACAACCUCUAUAGCAACACUUACAACCCGGGGUGACAAGACCCCCCGGUUUCCAAGGACCGAUGGGGAACUAUCAACCAGACCUCCUUUCAUUCUACAAAGGCCCCAAUUUCAAGGGUCAAACUUACAACAACCAUUCUAAGCGCAAGGUGGUCAAGGGUUCCAACAACAACAACCCGACAAGUUUGCAAAACUUGAAGACCUAGUUAUCACCUUUGUGAGUACAAGCUCACAGAAGUUCGAGAAGAUCGAGCAAUUCAUGGAUGUAGCAACAAGCAAGUUUUCUUCGGUUAAGGCGGGUCUAAGGAGCCAUCAAGCAAGAAGAAAAGACCCCUCCAACGGUUGAUGAUCAAGAACUCUUGGAAUGAGAGGGGGAAGAGGCUAAGAAGGCAUUGCCAAUGCCACCACUAGUGGCUGAGUACGAGCAUCUUCUUCCUUUCCCUACGAGAGUGCACAAGGACCGGUUGGAGGCGGAGGGUGGAAAGUUCAUGGAGAUGCUCAAGAAGGUCCACAUUACCAUUCCUUUUCUGGAGGCAAUGACGUACAUGCCAAGGUACGCCAAGUACCUAAAUGGGCUUCUUGCGAAGAAGCAAAAGUUUGAAGACCUGGCAACCGUCACCUUGGGCGAGGAGCCCUCAUUCAGAACAAGUUUCCUAAAAAGCCAAAAGAUCUAGGUAGUUUUACCACCCCUCUUUGCAUUGGAGAAUGCAACAUAGAAAAUUCUUUGGUGGAUUUAGGUGUGAACAUUAACAUCAUGCCAUUUAAGCUUUACAAUAAAUUGAACCUAGGUGAAUUGAAACCCACUAGGUUAAUUGUCACAUUGACUUACCGCUUGGUGAUUAGCCCUAGGGGUAUUGUGGAAGACGUGCUAAUGAGGGUGGGAACAUUUUAUUAUCCGGCGGAUUUCAUCAUCCUUGACAUCAGUAAAGAUGCGGAUAUGCCCUCAUACUAGGACGUCCUUUCCUUGCCACCGCCAAGCCCUUAAUUGAUGUUAAUGAGAGUACUUUUGAUCUUGAGAGAUGGAGAGGAGCGAAUUACCUUUUUGGUGACCCUAAGAGUAAGAAUGAUAAUGUUAAGGAAGUGGAAUCGAAUGGUAUGUUUGGAAAUGGAGGUGAGCCACUCAAGGAGAACCCCACUAAACUCUUGUUCCUUGUGAUGAUGUGAAACAUGAACCUAAGGCGGGUACCAAACCCGAAGGGAGGAAGAAGAAAGGCUGGCGUGCAAAGAUGAGCCAUGCCUUUAUCCAAAAGAAUGACAAGGGUAAGGCGAGAGUGCCCGGCCAAGAGGGCCAUCUUUUGGAGCUUAAGAUGGAAGGUGACAAGCCUCGCCUUGAGACCAUGGCGGAUCCACUCUCAGAGGCCUCGUGCUCUCAAGCAUGAAGGAUCCACAAUGUCGAGCUAGUGACAUUAAACUAGUACUUGUUGGGAGGAAACCCAAUGUAGGUUUGUUUUCUUUUCAUUAUUUUCCCUUUUUGUGAUUGAGUGAUGAGUUCAAGUGGUUGAAUGGUGAUCACCGUGCCAGAGUUGUGUGUCUGAAUGUUUUGGAUGUUUUGUGAUUGAGUUAGGGGCAUGGUUGAUUAGAUCAAGUCUUGAAAUUUUGGGAAAUGCCCUGUUUUUCAUCAGUACACGAUUUAAGCUCUAUUAUCACAGUUGUCAGACUGUGAUAAUGAGGCGGAGACCGUGAACUCGAGGGGCAGUCCCACUUUUCUAAAACGUAUCAUUUUUUCCCGAGAUCACGAUUGGGGAUUUAUUUUAAAAUCAAACCCCGUCCGUGAACCAUGGGAUCGUGCUAUAUAAAGGGGCAGUGGUCCCUUUCUCUUCACUUCAUGCCUCAUCUCCACCGGAAUUCUCUGAAACAUCGUCGGAAAACCGCGACAAACCUCUAUUUUCCGUCGAUUUUGAAGACUUUUGGCCACCCAAAACCAAAACUAGACCCAAUAUUCCCACGUCUGGACGCCCCUUCGUCGAAGUUUUGGAGCGAUUUGGCUCAACUUUGUUCCAGCGGGGCGAUUUCCGGUGCGCUUCCGGCCGGCGAGCCUCUCCAACCAGUUUUUCGAUCAUUUUUGAAUCCCUCGCCAUAUCCUCACCUUCCCCUUCGAUUUAUGUUAUUUGAAUGAUGCAUGAAGUGAUUAUGAGCUUGAUUGUGCCUUGGUGGGAAAGAUUUAGUAUGAUUGGUGUUUGAAUUGGAAAAUGCCCAGCAAGUGCAAUAUGUGAAUGAAUGUUGAUCUAAUUU